AUGGCCUAUUUUGGUCGCGUCACUCAUAUUGUUUCUUUCAUUGAUGGAGACCGUGAUUACUAUAUCUCACGAUUCAAGGAGAUUGAGACCCUUCUAACUGUCCAAGCACCUAGAAGUGAGCCUCUUUGGCGCACACUUAUUGGUAUUCGCAAUACCGAUCAUAAAUUAAUAGUAACGUACCCCAGAACCUUUGAAGUAUUGAUGGGGCGUACUCCGGAGCAGGAUGGUGAGGCACAGAAGAUGUUUCAAGAUGCAAUUUUGCCUAUUGUUCGGAGGCGCAAGUUCUUUGUCACAGAUAAAGGUUUUGCAGGUGUAGCUACACCGAUGAUUCGGGAUGGCGAUACAAUUGCCAUUAUAGCGGGAAUGGGUAGGGCGACAGUACUCAGAGACACUGAUUUUAAGGAAUUAGAAACUGAGAGGAGGUUAGACGAAGGGAAGGAAUCUAAGCGGAUCACGGGUUUUGCAUAUGUGGGAUGCCAUGACAGAGAUGGAUUUGAGUCUCUAGCUAAGGAGAGAAUGGGAGAUCUGGGAAGACAUAGUUGCAUUGCGAGUGAUCUAGAGCAGUGUCAUAUUAUCUAA